UUCCACCAUGCAUCUCUCAUCCUCAUCAUCGCUGUAACUUUCUUUCCCUUCUUCCUUUGCUUCAACACCUUCUCCUUCUACCGGAGAGGGCCCUGGAGCUUUUAAAUUGUAUUAGGGUGUUUCUAACUAUACACUCAAUCCACCAUCUCUCUAAUCACCAUAACCUUAUUAAGGGUGGGAUUUAUUGUAUGUCUGUAGUAUGGGAAGUUACAGCUAAGUGUACCUAAUAAACUGUCAGCUGAUGGGACAUUUUAUUAAAUAAUCCAUAUGUUCAUCAACUUGUAUUAUUUUGAACAUGUCAUAAAUAAUGCCGGGGAGACUACACUUCAUGAGAUAAGAUAUUAUCACUGAAGUUAGUUAACGUUAACCAAACAAACUUCUCAUUAAGGAGUGUUUAUGCAUCUGGAUCAACUACCUGCAUGUGUGAACCAGAUCAGCAGAAAAAUCACCUGCCAUUCAUCAUAUUUCUUGAAGGAGUCAUCAUCACAGAUGAGGGAGAUAAGGCAAAAGAUACCUGGCGCUCGUGUAGAGACUCCAACUUUAUCAGAAAUGAACGGGGUUUUCAUUCUGAACCACAACAGUGCAGUGUGUCUGCCCGUGGUCUCUGACAGUCAGAGGUUUAUAUGGGUUCACUCAAACCAAAUUAACCUACAGAUGGAUGGUGCUGCAGAGCUGGACAAGGCGUUCGACAGGUUUCCGUAUUUGACACAGAAACAGACAGCUGCACUGGCGCAGCGCUGCUCCCUACACCCGGACCAGGUGAAGGUGUGGUUCAUGGUACAGAGGCUCCGCUAUGGCAUCAGCUGGGACUAUAGUGACAUCUGUGAGGUUUGGAGGAAGUUCAAGUCAGCUCAAAGAACAGCCGAGGUGCAAAACAGGAUGCAGGAGGAGGUAAAAGAGGACACAGGAGAGAAUGAGAAAUGCAAAAGAGAGGUAAAAGAGCCUGGUGGGAAGAAGGCAGGGGGGGUUAGAGAGGAACAGAGUGCAGAUGAGGGAAGGAGGAUGGGAGAAAAAGUGAAGGCUACUAAACGAUUGGAGAAAAAAAUUAAGCAGGAGCAACAGAUGGAGAAAGAGAGGGACAGAGAAGCAGAGGAAGAGAGAAGGAAUGCUCAGAGAAAGCGCCAAUUGGUGACAGCGACAUACAAGAUGAGAAAGAAGAGAGUGAAGCGAUGGGAUGAGGGUGUCGUGGGGGGAGCAGGAGAAGUAGAAAUAAGUUGCGAUGAAGAUGAGAGGGAGUCUGGCACAUCCACGCAGCUGGAGACACCACUUUCCACCAGAAAGGAAAUGACGGCCAAAGCAUACAGCAGAUUACAGUCCAUCCAAGAGUGGCCUGCCGACAAGAGCUUCGUGGUGCCCGAUGAGCCGCUGGAUACAAGUCCUCUGCUCACCCCCUUGUCUCAAACUCAAGCCUGUAAUGGGCCUCCACUCGCUGACAACAGGACCACAGACACUCGAAUGACCCCUGUGAAAAGUGGCUCUGAGGGGGAAACAGAAAAGGAGGCCGUGGCUGCAGACGGUUGCUCUCCGAUCUACAGCAACACAAAGACGCGGGCGCAGUUGGCGAUGAUGAAGGUGGCUUUCUUGCGCUGCCAGUAUCCAGACAGGGAGGAAUACAACCGCCUGUCGAUGCUGAUUGGCGCCCCCCGCCACAUGUUGGUCCAGUGGUUCGGAGACAUGCGCUAUCACAUCAAGAAAAGAAAGCCGCGCUGGAUGAACAAAGAGCAGCACAAACAGGCACUGGCCAACAUCCGGUACCGGCAGUGCCUGAACACGCUGGCAAAGGCACAGCUGGGUGACGCCGGGAGAAAAUCAACAUGGAAGAUAGUGCAAGUGCCUCCAGACUAGAAAUGAUGCCACAGCCUCCCACUGAGGGGAACGAUGAACCGUCUCUCAAAAGUUAGAAAGAUGUAUCAGAGGCUGUUUUAUGACUUGUAAUUGGUUCAUUAUUGGUAGGAUCAAGCUGUUUAUGUUGUACUUUGAGACAGAUGUUACACAGAUGUUUGAGAAAAGAUUGCCCAGUUACGACGCAUUCUUGUUUCAUGUGGAGCACAUUGUUUGUUAUGCUGUUAUUGUGAUGACUUGACAUGUUUGAUAACAUGAAUGCACAUGUCCUUUUGCAAGCUAGAUGCAGUUUCACGUCGAUGUAAUUGUGCUGUAAAAAAACACUCAUUGCUUGUUGUUGGACCAUGACUCUUCUUAUGAUUAGUUACAUCAAAGCAUUAAUAAACUACAAAAUGUAUGACAACUUUAAUCUCAUUACUGUAAUAUUUAUUUUUUUAUAAAAAGAAAGCAGUGUUUCAGAUCACAUUAAUAACCAUUUGAUUUCAGCAGUUUAUCAUCUGUAAUCUCAGAGCGUAGAAAGACAGAAAGUCACCUGACAUAAUCCACACCAAAUUAACAAUAAUAUAGUACAAUUUUAGGAUACUAUGGGGAAUAUAUAUUGCACAUAAAAUAGUUUAACAGCUAUAACACUCAUUCUCAUGUUAUCCAGCUACAUCAGUUUCUGACACUUAAUCCUUAAAAAUUGGUGUUUCUUUUUUGUCUGUUUCAAUCACUCAAUCAAAAUUUAUUUAUAGAGCACCCUACAAUCCAAGUGGACACAAAGUGCUGUACAGUAAAACAAUAAAUGAAUACAUGUAUAUAUGUCUGUUUCAUUCUAUAUAUAACCUGAAGUAAAGCCGAAAUAUUAGGUAGAACAUGAUACACAGUCAUACAAGCACUCCAUAUAAGAGUAUCAGUGUUACAGUGUAUACAGAUACUACCUUAACAGAUGUUCAUGUAAAAAAAAAAAAAA